CACACACACAUAACCACAUCGUUCUUCAUUUCUGUUAGAAUAUUAAUAUUUAAAAAAUUGAACGUUAUAUAAAGAAUUCCAUCAACCAAUCAAACCGCAAAUAGUUCAUAGUAGUAUGGUAGCUGCUCGAGAGUGACAGGAAAACUUGCAUUGCGUAAAAUCCACUGCGAUUUCAGAUUACAACCAAGCGUUUUGUAAGAUUCUCUGCUCUUACAGUUUUCGGAGAGGGAAAAAUUGGGAAUAUCGAUGGCGGAGCAGUCAAGAAAAUGGAUGGUGCUGGUGGCUACGACGUGGAUUCAGGCGUUUACAGGGACGAAUUUUGAUUUCUCAUCAUACUCGUCGACGUUGAAAUCAGUUCUAGGUAUAUCGCAGGUUCAACUGAAUUAUUUGUCGGUGGCAUCGGACAUGGGGAAGCUAUUCGGAUGGUGCUCCGGCGUCUCUCUCAUCUACUUCCCUCUAUGGACGGUUAUGCUCUCGGCUGCCUUCAUCGGACUCGUUGGUUACGGACUCCAGUGGCUCCUCAUUCACAACUUCAUCACUUUGCCCUACUUUCUGGUUUUUCUUCUAUGUCUAUUAUCCGGUUGCAGCAUCUGCUGGUUCAACACAGUCUGCUUUGUAUUAUGUAUUCGGAAUUUCCCAACAAACAAGGCACUUGCACUAUCUCUUUCCAUCAGCUUCAAUGGCGUCAGCGCUGCAAUUUACACUCUCAUCACAAACGCAAUCAAAUAUGAAGAUGACACUCUCUAUCUCUUCUCAAACGCACUCAUCCCACUCUGCAUCUCAUGCUUAACUCUCCCUAUUAUCCUCUCCCAACCGCCAUUGCAUCCUCCUGAUGCUACUCGCCAUGACUCCUCCAUUUUUCUGCUACUCAACAUUAUUGCUGUCAUUACUGGUCUCUACUUGCUUUUUCUAAACUCUCUAUCUACAACUACAUCAAGAGCAAGAUUUCUGCUAGGAGGAGCUCUGUUUCUCUUGUUUUUACCCUUGUGUUUGCCUGGCAUUGUAUAUGCCAAGGACCGAGCAAAUCAACAUACCAACACAAGCAUCAUCAGCUUUGAUGACCAUGAUCUUGUGGAGCUUCGUAAAGAACUCAUGGCGAGCGAUCAUGAUGGCAGCUUGAGUGGAAGAAGUUCAUUUGAUGUGAUGGAAAAAGAAGGGUGUGUUGGGGAGGUGAUAGGGAAAGGUGGGUUGAGCAUGGUUGGGGAAGAACACUCGGCAAGAUUGCUUGUGCAGAGGUGGGACUUCUGGCUAUAUUAUUUAGCUUACUUCUGUGGCGGCACCAUUGGACUUGUUUAUAGUAAUAACGUAGGACAGAUCACACAGUCACUUGGAUAUGAUUCUCACCUUAAUUCACUAGUCACGCUCUAUUCAUCGUGUUCAUUCUUCGGUCGUCUACUUUCAGCAGCUCCGGAUUUUCUGCACAACAAGGUGUACUUUGCAAGAACUGGAUGGCUAGCCCUUGCUGUAUUACCAACACCAAUUGCUUUCUUUCUGCUUGCUGCAUCAGGCAGUGAGGCAGUCUUGCAAAUUGCUACAGGCUUGAUAGGCCUAAGCUCAGGGUUUAUAUUUUCAGCAGCUGUGUCAAUAACAUCAGAGCUUUUUGGACCAAACAGUGUCAGUGUUAAUCAUAACAUUCUUAUCACCAACAUACCUAUUGGUUCCUUCCUCUAUGGCCUUCUUGCAGCUAUGUUAUAUGAUAAAAAUGCUACGACUCCGGGUCCGGAAAGCUUCCUUGUGGGGGAAGCAAUGGUGUGCAUGGGCAGGCAGUGUUACUUGAAGACAUUUAUAUGGUGGGGAUUCAUUUCCUCCUUUGGACUUCUCUCAAGUUUUAUGCUUUUCCUGAGAACAAGGCUUGCUUAUGACCACCUCGAGAGGAAUAGAAGUUACACAGAAAACUUUUAGUUUAAAAACUAAAGUCCCUUUUUCUGUUACUAGGAGCUUUCCUAUGCAUUACAGUUCAAAAAAAGAGGUAAACACUGAAUUGAGCCA